CUGUAUAUUGAACAUUGUAGGAGCACAGCUGUGUCAGUCUUCGCCGUAGGUGGAGCCGUUGGUGGUAUCUCUAGCGGAUUCGUAGCAGACAAGGCUGGCAGGCGUGGUGGUCUGCUAUUCACCAACAUUUUUGCUUUCCUUGCCUCUGCAUGCAUGGGUUGUGCUAAAAUGGUCGGCUUUUAUCCUUUGAUUAUCGUUGGCCGAUUUUUGAUCGGAAUUUACGCAGCUUGCCAUUCUUAUUCGAAGAUGUUCCUUGAAGGUCUCUCUGUACUAGUACCCAUCUACCUAACAGAAGUCUCGCCCACAAAUCUUCGCGGUAUGAUCGGUUCACUGCAUCAGCUGCUUAUCACAAUUUCCAUAUUAUUUUCGCAGAUAGUUGGACUGCCACAGAUUCUCGGCACAGACGAUCGCUGGCCUAUCAUUCUUGCAUUGACAGCCAUUGUUGCCUUGCUACAGGUGAUUACCUUGCCAAUGAUUCCAGAAUCGCCUAAAUGGUCUCUGGCUGUAAAAGGGGAUGUCGAUAAGGCCACUGCAGAUUUAGAAAAGCUCAGAGGAACAUCAGAUGUUGGUGCUGAGAUGGACGCAUUGAAAGACGAAGCGACAGGCGCAAAAGCAGGAGGGCGUCUUACGUUUGCGGAUAUGUUCCGUGGAUCUCUACGGUGGCCUAUGACUAUUGCAACUAUGCUGAUGCUCACCCAACAGCUCUCCGGCAUCAAUGCUGCAAUGUUUUAUUCAACCUAUAUAUUUAAACAAGCUGGUCUUAGUGAUGUUGGUGCAGUGUACGCUACUAUCGGUAUGGGAACAGUAAACGUCCUGAUGACUAUCAUUUCCACGUGGCUGGUAAGCAUUAGCCAUAAGGUCUAUCGUGGACUAACCUACUAUUUUGCCUGA